GGAAAACGUUUUGAAAACUGCAUGCAGGUUGUGUACAGAUCAUCAUUGCUGAAUGGACUGUAAGUGUAUUUGAGUGAAAUGCUAUUCUGAUGGAAACAUCCACUGCCAGUAUAUGAGUGCAGGCUUCACUGCUGGCUUAAGAAUGUUGGCAUCAAGUAUGCAGUCCUGACAGACAGCUGCACUGCAGUGGCGUUUUUAACAUGCCAGACCAGGACCCAAGCGUGCUGGAGGCUCUAAAGAAAAUCCAAAACGGCAUUAAAAAUACUGAUAGGGAAAACGUACUAACUUCAAUCACUGUGGUGGCAGGUGAGACGCUGGUAAAUCAUCAGUCUGAAUGUGUCCAUAGAGGCUUAUAAGAUAAAAAAUGACUGAAUUAACCUUUGAAAUAAAAAUAUGCUUUUAAUUCAAGUUUUACUUUCAAAGCCUCGUUAGCUCUCAAAUUACAUGAGCCACAUGCAAGUCAAGGAAGCCACUGAGCCUGUUUAACAUGAUGAGGAGCUCUGAUUAAACUCAGUAGGCUGUUUACUGACUCAUUUAUUAAGACGACUGCAAACAAACUGCUAUUUUAUGGACACAAACACUUUACACUUUCCAAAUUAGCUCUUUAUACGCAGUGUUUAGUGUUAUUUCCUUUAACCCAUUUCUCCUCAUCACACCACCACAGCUUUCAUUACACUACGUGUUUCCCGAUCUCCUGUUAGGGUUCGUCCUGUUUAUUUUGUCCACCAUCAGCCCCGCCCUGCAGGCGCGCUGAUAUCACGCAGUUGCGUAAUUUGACAAGCCAGCGCAAAAUAGGGAGAAUGAACGUUUGACAGCUGGCUCUUUGCUCGUACAGAUUGUUUGGUAACAAAACAAUACUUAUGCUUCAUUCAUUCGUGAACGAUUUCGGAUAGUUGGACCGUACCUCUGCUGUUAUGGCCGCUGCGGUGAGGAAUAAUGUUUGGGUUGCUCCGGGGCAGGACGCGCAGCUUCUCCAUAAACACACCGCGGCACUGACAGACGGUCUGAGAGGUGAAGAUCAUGGACAAGUGCUCUGUAACACGAGGGAUGCCUUCCUGGGAACUUCCUCUUUCCAUGAUUAUAAUUUGGGUAAAUCAGAGAUGGACAACUACCUAUCACUCCACCAACAGGACAUUGGGAAUUCCAAAAUGUUGUGCAGGGACAGUGCUCUGAUGCUAGAGCCGCCAUACACCGAGGACUUCACCUCCCCGUACAGCGUCAACAUGAGCCUGCUGGUUCCUGACGUCACAUACCUGCACCCUGGUCUCUGCAGGACUAUGAGACCGAUCAAAACAGAGCCGUCUCACUCUCUGGUGCACCCCACCUGUCAGGGCAACGGGGCGCCAACAACCCUCCAAGAAUACCCAGGUGUUUUUAGUGCAUCCGACACAACUGGCGGUACAUUUUUCAUCAAACAGGAAGUGCCAGAUUUCCAAGAUGUCCCACUGUUUCAGCUUUUGAACUCUGACAUGGAGCAGCUCGUCCAUGGGUCACAGCUGAACUCAGUCCCUGUGGCCCCAUUAAGUCUUCCUAUUGGAAACGUCAAUGUAGGCACAGUGCAGAAUUUUGCUAAACACACAAGCAAUCCUCACAAUGAAUGUUUUCCAUUCAAUCGACACUUAGGCCAUCAUCAGAGACCAACAUAUUUGCCUCCCUCUCCGCCAAACUCUGAUCCCCCGAGUCCAGACAGGGGGAAGGAGCUCCUACACAAUCUGUCGCCGCCUCCCUCCUAUGAAGCCAGCAUUGCCUCAAAGCUACAAUUUCAGACCCAUAUUCCCAUUAAUCCAGGACAGACUUCCUGUGUAGCAAACCAGAGUCAAGACCAGAAUUCCAAUGUUGGAUUAGUCCAAAGCCCAGGUCCUGUGCCAGUCCAGCGCUCAAGCCUGACACCAGUUCAGACGGCGGCAGGUGUUGGCCCUCUAUCCCCAGUGUUGGCCCAGUCGGCUUCAGUUACGUACAACAGGAGGAAUAAUCCUGAUCUGGAGAGACGGCGGAUUCACCACUGUGAUGUUCCAGGGUGCAGAAAAGUAUACACCAAGUCUUCACAUCUAAAAGCCCAUCUGAGGACCCACACAGGAGAGAAACCGUACCAGUGCUCCUGGGAGGGAUGUGAAUGGCGUUUCGCCCGUUCGGAUGAGCUGACUCGCCAUUUCAGGAAACACACAGGGGUAAAGCCUUUCCAGUGUGGCGUGUGUAGCCGCUGUUUCUCCCGCUCGGAUCACCUGGCCCUACACAUGAAGAGACACCAGAGCUAGAAAGCCCCUCCUGCAACAGUUUUCAUUUUUAGUAAACACGGACUAAAAACACUUACAUAUCAGCAAACAAAUAAAUUAAAUAACUGUGGAUUAUUUCACACGCUCCCCAGUGGAGACAUUCUUGGCAGUGCUGGCCCACACAUAAUUGUUUCUUUUAUUGUGAAGAGAUUAAAUAUUACCAUUGCCUUGUUUUUACCCUCAAUUAUGGCCCAAAAUGUAGGGAAUUUUCCGAUGUCAAUUUUUGAGAUGUCUUUUGAAAAAAAAAUAGCCAAAUGUAAUAAUUUUAAAAUAUUUCAUUAGAUUAUGUUGCACUGCAAAGUGCAUGAACAACUUUGAAUACGUUUGCUUUAUAAUCAAAUUUUUAAUUGUAUAGAUAAUAUCAACAUGUUGUCAUUUAUUUAAAUAACUUAAAUAGCAAACUGCCAAACUAUAAUGGCAGACUACUUGUGUUGAAAGGACAAAGAAUAUGUUGUUACACCAGCAGGUCAAAUUGAUCAUGUGUGUUUUCAGAGAGUAACAGAAUGUAGGUAAAGGUGCUCUAAAGCAGGUUGUAGUUUUGGUUAAAGACACUGCUGGAGAAAUAAACGUUAGGCAGAGCACUGUUUGCAGGCCGAGUGGUGAGUGCAGUGCUUAACUUCAACACUGCCAGAUUUAUGGAUAACUUUACUGUUGAGGAUAACUCAAAUAAAAUCUAUAUUUACUCAUAACACUGAAAAGGAAGGAAGAAUAAUGUGUUUGGGGUGUAAAUCUAAUUCAUUUGGACAGCAUUACGAAUGUUCUAUAUGGAUAUCGCCAUUGCAGGAAGUGUUAAAUGUCUUUGAGGAAGUCGGAGAGAUAAAUCCAAAUAGUGCAUUUUUUAUUUGAAUACUUCUAUAGUUGCAUGAUUUUAUUUAAUUUUUUUAAAGGUUUAAAUUAUUUGGAUGGGCUUUUUCUCCCUUGUUAACUUUGCAUAUAUAAAAUAUCUAAUUUGACAAAAAUAUUUAAAAGUGCUCAAACUAAAUAUACAACUGCUUUGAGUACAUGACAUUUCAGCAGCAUUAUUGUCUUUCUUUUGUUAUGAUGAACAAAUAAAGAUGCGUUCAUCUUGACUUUGUUUUGGUUGCAACUUCUGGGUCUGAAUGUAAGGUAUCUUAUUUCAGGAUGAUCAUAUCACUGAUGAUUUAUCCUCGUAAAUUGUUUCAAAGUGAUCCGACUGACCACCAGCCAGUCUGAACAUCUGUGUGAAAAGCGUGUGGAUCUUUUGACUGCGUACCAUGUUUCAAACACCUUUUGAAAGUGCCUUUAACUUCUUUCUUUUGGUUGGAUUAUAAACAAAGCUGCCCCGAUGGGACAACGUUCUUUUAUCAGGUACUCUACUCUUCCUAAAUGGUUCUGUGUGUUGGCUGUCCCUCCUUAUUUCCAAUCUAGGGCAAUCUCUAUUUAUGACCAAGUUUAUUUUUUAAUUUGAUUCAGGUUGAACAAAACAUUGUUAAAAUGUAUAUAUUUUGUAUUGGCUAUUUGAGGAUACAAUUAAAUAAUUGUUUUUGGGUGUAUAAAGAUUUUAAAAUGUUUUUUUAAUUGCAGAGAACUCUUUAUUUUUAUUUUUGGGGGAAAAGUCUUAGAAAGAACACAUUAGAAUUGUGUUACAGUGUAUUCUGUCAUCACUUUCUCCAGCCAAGUUAGCAACUCAGUGGAUGCCAGUGAAUUAAUGCAAUAAUUAGAAAAAGAAAUGUAAACACAAAUAUUUUGACAUUAAAGGCGUAACAAUAUUUUGUGUCAUAGCUUCUUAGGUGUAGCUUUACUUGAUCAAAUGUGCUAUGAAGCCAUGUGACUCUCAAAGAACAAAUAAAAGAUUUGUGUUGAAUA